GUGGAGAAGAUAGUGCUGAAGCGAAUACGCGACAAUAUAUUGCUGGCUCUACACAUAGGCAGAUUUCUAAUUGGGCUUUGGGCUAGUUAUGUUUAAAACAUCGUAUACAUACUACACAGAUAGUGUUGCAAUUUUUCACGAACUUUGUUUAAUGUUGUGCUAAUAAUUCAGAUUUGUGAUCAUGACCAGGGUGAUAAACAAGGAAAAAAAUGUGUUUAUAAAAAUAAAACCUCAUGUCUAUAAAUUAAAUGAGUGUGGUUGUUAAUUAUUCCAAAAACCGGUUUUAAUGCGAGUUUUCUGUGAGAUAACGCCGUGGGACUAACUUUGUUUACAAUGGCAUUUUCGUUAAAUAAACUAAGGAAUGCUUUUAAUGUUAACAAAAGUAGUCAACUGGCUGGUAGCGGAAGCCUGGACCCGGAAAUAGGUUUCAAACUGUCAUUGCAUCCAGUUAGUAAGAAUUUGUUCGUGACUGUUAUCGGCGCCCGGCAUCUACCGUCCUUGUUUGGACUGAGUCGCGCCCAUGGCUACCUUGUAAAGGUGAAACUUUUUCCCGGUGAGAGUAAAUACGAAACUACGUUACAAGAAACCUCUUGGCCUGUUUGGAAUGAGGAUUUCAAGUUCCAAUUACGACAAAAAGAUAUAAAGAAGAGUUCAGACAAAGUUGAUCUUCAAAAUUUAGUGGCGGGACAUUUCUUAUCGCUAACAAUUUAUGCUAUUCUGGAGCCGCCUAAACAAGAAGUGGACAGGAGGAAAAGUGCAAAAGAAUUGAAGAAUUCUAAAUUAGUGAACGAAGACGAGCAAAAGUCCAAAGGCGGUUUAUUUGAAAAAACAUUCAGCAGUUUCAAAUCAACGAAGACUGAGGCAAUCGCUCAAAAAACAAUCUUAGAAAAGCGAAGAACCGUCGGGGCUGCAACGUGGAAUUUCGAUUCGAAGUUGUUUCAAAACGAUCUCAAGAAUGGGCUGAUUGGCACUCCGGAUAUUUGGAGACCCAUAAGUGCUAUCGCAAGUGGAUUGGCAGCCUCGGAUUCGCGGAGAGAAAACAAGAAGGGACAACUUGAGGUUACGCUGUUAUACACGGCGAGCGAGGAUGGAUUAAACGACGUUGUUCAACUGACGGUCAAUCGGCUGAGGUGUUCCGUUCAGACGAUGCAGGAGCAUGAACAAUAUAAAGCACCCCUGUACUUGAAGGCGACGAUAUUGGAGGCCAAUAAAGCUGAAUGCUAUUGGAAAAGCGAUAGAUUCGUUCCGACCAUUUCCGCCAGAUGGGAUCCAAAGUCUGCAACGGUCAAGUUAACCGUCUUCAAAGCGAGCCUGAAUAAAGUUAGCAUUUAUAUUAGCCUCGGGUGCAAGACUAAAAUGGCUAAGAAGGAAAUAUUAGGCAAGGCGCACAUUGACGAAAAGUCCCCUUAUACAGAAAGUUGGAACGAAUGUUUGAGACAACCCGGAAUUCCAAAAACCUUCUGGGUCAAUUUCUUGUGAUUAUACCGUCCAUGUUGAAUAGUGUAGUAUUUCUUUAGUUAAUUAAAGUUUAAUAUUGGUCGCAAGUAGUGGCGAGCACAGGAUAUCGACUAGGACUGAUAUAAAAUAACUUUAAGCAUCGGAAAAACGAUAGCGCGAGGUAAUGAACUAUUGGUGCCAUCUUUUAUCACUAACAUACAUUAAUCCGUUUUACAGGUCGUAUAAGAAAUACACGACUGGUGGCUAACACGUUGAAGUUUUUUCCACAUACGAACAAUAAAAAUAAAACUUUCGUUAGGUAUCCAGACUUAUGAGAGUUUUUCAUAUGUGCGAGCCAUCGGUCACUAAUAAAAAGUAAAUGAUCGAUGGUGCGAGCGUGAUAAAGCACUGAGUAACUAUUCCGACGUUGAAUAAGUUUUUUUCUUUACUUGUAGCGGCCUAAGCUUUUUAACCCGCUAUAAAUUUUGGUAAAUCAUCAUUAUUAUCAUCAUCAUAUCAACCCAUGGCUCCCACAAUAAGAAGGUUAAGGUCGUAGUCCACCACGCGGCCCAGUGCGAAAUGGUAAGAAAAACAUUGACUGUGAUAAUGGUCUGAGUCCAAUGGUUAGCACUUUACACGUUUAUAAGAGUAGUCGCUAUUCAAAAAUCUUAUUGGAAAAGGAUUUUUUUCGAUUUCAUGUCAUGCCUAACCGUGUCAACACUCUGUGCAUACGUAAACACGCAUAAGUAACAAUCUUUUGGCCAUAAGGCUAGAAGCCGUACUUACUGCAAACAAACAAUAAAACCUUUCAUUUGAAUAUUAAAGAUGAAACAAAUUAUUUCAUUUAAGACAUAAAGGACAACUGAGGACAAUGUUCUUAGGUUUGUAACUAUAAGUCACGAAAAAUAAAACGUAAUCAUUCCUUGCGUCAACAGAUGGGUACUAAAAGAUAUAUUAAUGAAAGCUGCUUUGAAAUAAUUUUCCUAAUUCGCUUAACAUCCUUCCUGCUGUGGUAGACAGCCUAUGAAAUUUAUACGCAAAAAAUGUUUUUUUGACGUCAACUUUGCCAGCUGAAGGCAAAAAAUGUCGAAGUUAAUGACGCUGAUGUUGACGUUUUAUGACGUCCACAGUUGUGGCAGUGUUGUUAUUAGUAUAUCAGCGAAAAAUUAUCAGGGAUUGGUGUAAAAAAAAAAUGCGUGAAUGUAGGAAGUAGAGUGAAUAAUAAAAUGUGUGUAUCACUGCAAAUUCACCGUUUGUAGGAUACCUUAAAUAAAUUUACACCAGCUGACUGCUCAAAUUGUAAGGCCAGUUACGUAACACGUUUAUAUGGGACAGUCAAAUUGAAAAUAUACACAGUGCCAAAGUAUAUGACAUUUCGCGAAGUGAAAACUGCAUUUGCGAACUUAUGCAGGAAUACACAAAAGUUCGCGUUAUAGUUUCAAACCUCCAAUGCCCUAGGCGGAAGCCUCAAAAAAAAAUUGGUAGUAUGGAAUAGACGGCAGAGGUUAUACGUUAGAUUUGACUUGAAACUUUCGACUGUUGCGAGAUUUAUGAAUUGGUAGUAGGCCUGGUCCUUAGAAUCGUUUCGUGUUGCUGGUCGUAAAAAUAAAUCGUGUAUGGGCACUAACUACAUAUUUUUAUUUUCAUAUGUGUGUUCAUCGAAGGAUUAACUUUCAACAAUCUUUUUUGCAAAUGGUCAACCUGAAUUCUUUAGUGUGAAUACCGAUCAAUCUAAAACGUUCGCAAAGUAUUAUAGCAAUAUUAUAACCUCAUUUUUUGUUUUGCUUUUUAAUAAUAAAUAUUGUGUUGUUAAUAACUAUUUUAAGUGAAUAUUAAUGUGAUAAACAUAUUUAAUGCUAUAAAUAUUACUGGCUAGUAUGUAUUGUUAUUUAGAAAAAUAAGAUGACCUUAUGGGAACAAGCGUAUAUGACAAAUCGAAAUAAAGUUAUAGCUUAUUUUGUAUUAUC